AAAUGACGCAAUGAGUACGAGUUACGACUUGUAUGCAAAUUCUUGGUCACCGUGCGUAAAUAUUUCGUAAAAUUCAUUUUUUCUGCAAUCUUUCCAUUUCAAAUGUGAUCUACGCACUAUUUUAACAAGAAUAUAUUUUAAAUCUUUGGGUCAGAGAAAAAGUGUCAAACUAACAUUUCCAUUUUCAGCCGGCCCGGCAGAUGUGUCUGAACAUUGAGAACCAGAAAAAUGUGAAAUAGAAAGACGACUUUUUUUAAAUACCUAAGUAUACACAAAGCAGACAGUUUUACUUUGGACUUAUUAAAUCAAUUAUUAAGUUAAAUGGCUCUGUUAAACUGCACACUUUGUGACUUUCUGUGUCUCAUGUUCAUUGGUCUGUUUAAAGAGUACUGCAGUACAAACGUCGGAUCUAUAAACGUCGGACUUGUACUGGUUCGACGAUUAUACUGUCCGACGUUUGUAAGCUUUAGAUUUGUAUCGUAAGAUCGUUGUGGAACCGACGUUUGUUCUAGUACGGUCAUAAAUUGACUUUAAACGUCACUUCAUAUUUUACAGUUUUCUGGUUCUCGCUGUUUUGUCGCUACCAACUUUUUCAGUUUUCAGUUUCGUAUUUUACUGUGCAUUGUCUAACUUUCAUAUUUUGUAUUCAUUGCAUGAUCUCAAAGAUUUAGCUGUUUGUUAAAAAUGUUCUUUUUAACCUUGAUUUUUGGACAGAUACAUUUGCACAAACAAACCUAGAAUUUCAACGGCAUCCGAACGACUCCUCCAGCUCUUAGAAGAAACUUUAACAUUUUAUCAUUUCGAACUUACCGAAAGCUGCAUGUGAAAUAAAUUUUGUUCUGAAUAAAUCCGCAUAAAACUUUAGUGAAGGCUGAACCACAAUUGUAAAAUAUAUAAUGAUCUUUAAUAGUUUUGUUUAUAUCUAGGUUUAAAGGGUAAACUUGUAAAUCGCUCGUGCUACUUUUUGAAUAAAGGGAAACAUUAAAGUGUGCCAACAGUCUCUUUAAGUUUCUGAGCAGAAAGUGUGUUUUAUAUUUUCUAAUUAAAGAAUAAUCACAGUUUCAUGAGAAAAACUAUUCCCUAGUUUGACCAUGAGUAGCUCUAAACCCCUCGCGUUGUGUACAGCAGCGUAUCAUUCUUAUAUUAUAAAAAUCCUUCAGUUCUUCAUACACCGGCAAACCCUACAAUAUGCACCUUCCACCGCUCUCAGUGAUUGUGCUGGUUAGUAUACCUGGUUCAACUUUUACCUGUCUAACCUAUGUUCCCCCAAUAUCUAGACAGGCUUGCAGUUGCGCAAACGGAAGGUCAUCAGAGACAUCACAAGCUGGUCCAUUUUCUCCCAGAUUAUUUUGGUUUCCAUCAACCCCGUCAACAGAUUGUUGCACCACAACACCACCAACAACAGCAGCAACAACAGCCAACCCGUUGACGAACUGUCGAUGUGGAGUUAAGAAGGUUGGAACAAGGAUCGUAGGAGGAGUAGAAACUGCGAUAAAUGAAUAUCCCUGGUUGGUUGCUCUUAGCACUCUAGGAGACAGCAGCUAUUUUUGCGGGGGAAAUCUUGUGUCUUCACAGUUUGUUAUCACAGCUGCACACUGCGUCACUUCAAACUCAGGUGUGGCCAGUGCACCAACAGAUUUUAAAGUUGUAAUUGGGGACCAUGACAGGUUUUCAAGCACAGAGACAAGUCUCAGAAUGGUUCUAACUGUUGAAAAAAUAAUAGUUCAUGAAAGUUUUGUCGCCUCGACAAAGGAAAAUGAUAUAGCAGUUUUGAAGCUUGCUACUCCAGUUGAUCUCCUAACAUAUACUCCAAUAUGUCUUCCGCUCAGUAAUACUGAUUUCACGGGGAAAACUGGAGUUGCCUAUGGAUGGGGCACUACCUCAGCUGGGGGCAGGGAUGUUGCAAUUAUAAUAAAUUUGUCUCUAGCGCUUUUGUUAUUUAAUAGAUUCACAUCAGUAUAUUGCACAAAGAUUUUUAAUUUGAUAAUUGCAACAUUAUUUACCUGUCUAUAGUCAGGUAUUG